AUGAUCGAAACGAAUUAUUUUUUCAACUGGAUAAAGCAGAAAUUUACAAGCAAAACCAACAAACGGUUCGCCGGGGCCACACUAGAUACCGAGCAGUUCAGUUAUGAGGUUUUCAGAAAUGGCAAGCAGCAUAAAAAUGAUUCGAAAAAAGUCACCAAGUUAUCUUCACCGCGCUUCAGCAAUGACAACUCACGUCCGCAACAUUUUGGAAAAAAUUUAAAAUUAGAAUUAGACAAGAAAUUAAACGGACUCGACUGGAGCAAACCAGACGCAACCGACGACGCUUCGUGUGAACCUUCACUGGAGGUCAGCAACAGCGAGAAACAUAACACGCUGACGAGAUUCAGAAACAAAUUGAGAUCAUCUUUCGCGGGGAUAUCAUCUUUCAGGAGAUGUUCCAUCGAACCGAAGAAAGGUCGGUUCUCCGAUGUCGGAAUUCUGCCAGAAACGAUGGUAUUUCCGAAAAGUAUCGAAGCGGUGGGUAAAGAGUCUCACCCAUCACGUUUAUUUUCGUUGACGUCAUCAUCAUCAUCAACAACAUCUCCACACCUAUCUGCGUUAGCUUUGCCAUCGUUAACGUCAUCAUCGUCAUCUUCAAUUUCAACAAUAGCUUCGAGCGACAGUUACUUUCCUGAUAAACAGGAAACUUGCCUCACAAACUGCGACAGAGUAAAUAAAGCUUCAAACAUGACAUCGCUAAUUGGAGUGAAAAUAAAUGCACCGGAAGACAACAACUUGUCGUUGAAUCGGGCUCACAAAGGUGUUUACGAUAAUCUGCCCGAGUUUCAAAUGCGAAUGAUUCCUAUCACGUCUGGAGGGCUGAAGCACAAACCAGCGCCAUCAAAAAAUAUCUUUCCUCCCUCAACUGAUAGCAUCUCCGAAUAUGUCUACUGCAACACGGACGGAAGCUUCACAGAAGAAAGAAGCGUUGAAACAAAAAAUCUUCAGACGUCAUUUUUAGAUUUUAAUCAAAAACAUCAGCCUUAUUUUUCUGUACCUCCAAAACAAAAUCUCGAAAUUGACAAAAAUAAUUCAGCCAAUGAAAUCGAAGAUAACUAUUGCCUACAGUUUGACACAGAUCUACCUUUCUUACCUCCAAAAACUUACAAAAGAUCAGCGUCAGACAACCAGUUGAAAAACGUCUACCAUCACCAUAGCCACACACCUGAGAAAUCUCGUCCGUACAGUUACUCAAUCCACUCACAUUCCGAUAGAACCGUCAGAAAUUUCAGCAACCUGUCCAGAAGUGUUGCUCUGAAAUGUGAGUUGUUCUGCCAGAAAGUUGACGAAAUGGCAAAUGUUGGGUACAUCCCGAUGAAAGUUCGAUCGUUUCACGGAAGCACUUGA